UUGCUGGCGAGGUCUUCCGGGGGGUUUCUUUCCCUCCCUCUAGGUUCGUUUCGCGAGACCAGGGCCUGAGGUCCAGGAGCGCCCGGCAGUAACUGGAGUGAGGAGGCCUCUCCGCACCGCAGCGAUGAGGCCCCGGAAAGCAUGCCUGCUCCUCCUGCUCCUGGCCCUGGCUCAGCUGCUGGCCGCGGCGAGCGCCGGGGGCCCAGACGAAGAUUCUUCUCAUAAAGAAGAUGCUCUUGAGGAGGAGGAGGAGGAGGAAGAGGACGACGAUGAGGAGGAGGACGACGAUGACUUAGAAGUUAAGGAAGAAAACGGAGUCUUAGUCCUAAAAGACUCGAACUUUGAUAACUUCGUGGCUGACAAAGACACGGUGCUACUGGAGUUCUACGCUCCGUGGUGCGGACAUUGCAAGCAGUUUGCUCCAGAAUAUGAAAAAAUUGCAACUACCUUGAAGGAGAAUGACCCUCCCAUUCCUGUCGCAAAGAUCGACGCGACCUCAGAGUCGGAACUGGCCAGCAGGUUUGAUGUGAGCGGCUACCCCACCAUCAAGAUCCUUAAAAAGGGGCAGGCUGUUGACUACGAGGGCUCCAGGACCCAGGAAGAAAUUGUUGCCAAGGUCAAAGAGAUCUCCCAGCCCAACUGGAUUCCCCCACCAGAAGUCACUCUCGUGCUGACCAAAGAUAACUUCGAUGAAGUGGUGAAUGACGCAGACAUCAUUCUGGUGGAGUUUUAUGCCCCAUGGUGUGGACACUGUAAGAAACUGGCCCCUGAGUACGAGAGGGCUGCCAAGGAGCUGAGCAAGCGCUCACCCCCGAUCCCCCUGGCAAAGGUUGACGCCACCGCAGAAACUGACCUGGCCAAGAGGUUUGAUGUUUCCGGCUAUCCCACCCUGAAAAUCUUCCGCAAGGGGAAGCCCUUUGAUUACAACGGCCCACGGGAAAAAUACGGGAUUGUUGACUACAUGAUUGAGCAGUCGGGGCCGCCCUCCAAGCAGAUCCUGGCCCUGAAGCAGGUCCAGGAGUUCCUGAAGGAUGGGGAUGAUGUCAUCAUCAUUGGCGUCUUCAACUCGGAGAGUGACCCAGCCUACCAGCAGUACCAGGACGCCGCUAACAGCCUGAGAGAAGAUUACAAAUUGUACCACACUUUCAGCACUGAAAUAGCAAAGUUCUUGAAAGUCUCCCCAGACAAGUUGGUCGUCAUGCAACCUGAGAAAUUCCAAUCCAAAUACGAGCCUCAGAGCCACGUGCUGCACAUCCAGGGCUCCACGGAGGCCUCUGCCAUCAAGGAGCACGUGCUGAAGUACACCCUGCCCCUGGUCGGCCACCGCAAGGCCUCCAAUGACGCCAAGCGCUACUCGCGGCGCCCCCUGGUGGUCGUGUACUACGGCGUGGACUUCAGCUUCGACUACCGGGCAGCCACUCAGUUCUGGCGGAGCAAGGUCCUGGAGGUGGCCAAGGACUUCCCCGAGUACACCUUUGCCGUGGCCGACGAAGAGGACUUCGCCACGGAGGUGAAGGACCUGGGGCUCAGUGAGAGCGGCGAGGAGGUGAACGCAGCCAUCCUGGACGAGGGCGGCCGCAAGUUCGCCAUGGAGCCCGAUGACUUCGAUGCCAACGCCCUCCGCAGCUUUGUCACUGCCUUCAAGAAGGGAAAACUGAAGCCCGUUAUCAAAUCCCAGCCGGUGCCCAAGAACAACAAGGGGCCAGUCAAGAUCGUGGUGGGGAAGACCUUUGACUCCAUUGUGAUGGAUCCCAAGAAGGAUGUCCUCAUUGAGUUCUACGCACCCUGGUGCGGGCACUGCAAGCAGCUGGAGCCCGUGUACACCUCCCUGGGCAAGAAGUACAAGGGCCACAAGAAUCUAGUCAUUGCCAAGAUGGACGCAACAUCCAAUGACAUCACCAAUGACCGCUACAAAGUCGAGGGGUUCCCCACCAUCUACUUUGCCCCCAGUGGGGAUAAAAAGAACCCAAUUAAAUUUGAGGAUGGAAACAGAGAUCUGGAGCAUUUGAGCAAGUUUAUAGAAGAUCAUGCCACAAAACUGAGCAGAACCAAGGAAGAACUUUGAAGGCCUUGAGAGUCUACAGAGGGCAAGCACAGAAGAGACCAGACACACUGCAGCUUCCAGCAGUCGGCAGGGGAGCCCGAGCCAGCCGUGAGCCUGACAGGUUUCCUCAGUGGCAGUAUCUCAAGGUGUUUUUGUUUUGUGUUUUAAUUUUUUAUACUUGGGUAUUUCACCUCAUGUUCUGAAUACUGCAUAGGUAUGAAUGACUCAGUAGAUUAGUCCAGAAUUUUACAGAGGAUACAUCUAUUUUUAUUAUUAUUUGGGAUUUGAUUUUUUUAACCUUUCACCUUCUUUAAUAUAUUUCUUCAAAGCAGACAAGUUGAAUCUCUUCUGUGUGAAUUUUUUCCCCCUUUUUUUUAAUUUAAAAUGUAAGAAGCCUUUGCCAAAUCACAUUGCCUUUUACCUUUUUAUUUCAUCAUUGUCUGAGGGAUCAUUAGCUGAAGAUCGGACUGUUGGUGUGUGGGUUUUGUUUCUUCCUGUUGUGGUACAAAGUGAGGACUGUCGCCAAACACCCUGCCGAGGACAUCAUUUCAGUCCAACUCGGAGCCGCCGCUUGGUCCAGGGAGAAGCAGCAUCUCUGCAGGCCUGGGUAUCACUGUGCCUUCUCCUCCCAAACCAAGGACUUUGGGUGGGAGCAUUUCCCAGGUGCCCUCAGGCUCAACCUCCAAGAGGCCGCCUGCCUCUUCAGAAUUGACCUUGCCAAGGAGGCCUGAGCUGGGGCACAGGCGGCUAUUUUAAGGUGAUAGGAAGGCUAGGGAAGACUUUCAUGAUGGAAUAAAGAAAUGAUUGAAAAUGAA